UUUCUAAACUCACAAUCAUUUUUUGAAAAAACAAUCAAUUGAUUUCUAUCAUCGAAAUGAAAAAAACAUUCUCAUUUACAGUUCUAAUUCUUUUUGUCAUUCCUCUGCUAGUAACAGGAUUGAUGGAUAGUAUGCCACAAAGACACCCGGUAGAAGGUUGGUGCAAAAGGCCUCUACCUAACCAAAAACCAGGACCAUGUAAUAACGACCGUUGUUCGGCUAGGUGUAAGGAGCAGAAGCAAUUUGAGUUUAAAGGGGGCAAGGCAAUGGGUAUUUGCUCUAGUGAAAAUAGAUGUCUUUGCACUUUUCGUUGCCGAUAAUUUUGAUGCAUUUAUUUAUUUUAAAAUAAUAAUCAUUUGUUUUUCUCCUUUUCUGACAUCCAAAAAUCAUUUCAUAUUCCGUAUUAUAUAAUAUGUCUUAUUAAAAUCAAACAAAUAUUUGUCAUUUCUAUUAGUGUUAUU